CCAAUUUCCUCUGUUUAAUAAGAUUUGCUAAAAUCAAUGUUUACAAGGGACAAGUCCAGGUCACAAAUGCCUUUGAAACUUCCAGUUUGGUGAUAAAUCCAGACGGUUUUGAUGUGCAGGACUAUCUAAGAAUGGCGCCCAAUAAUGAGCUUGCGCUAUCUGAUGGUAUUCGUGAGGUCGUUAAACCAAAGGGAAACAAGCGGCAAAUUGAAAAAUGGUCAAGUUAUCCAGAGAGAUCAGUUUUGGAUAUCAUAAUGGCAACUGAGAUCGAGAAAUGCAUUGUUAAGGCAACAAUUUAUGCAAUUGACACAGACUACGCAUGGUAUUACUUUGGUUGUGUUAAGUGCAACUUCAAAAAGGUCACUGACAUUACUAAGAGGGAUGUGGUACCUGUGAAACAUCUCUGGCGUUGUGAAACAUGCCAUCAGUCCAUUACCAAUGUUGCACCUCAGUUUAAACUACAUCUCCUGAUAAAGGAUUACUACAGUGAAACAAAAGUGAUGCUGCUUGACACUAUUGCUGAACCUAUUUUGGGAGUAAGUGCUGAUGUGCUCCUAGGUGGUUCUCUAGAAGAGGUUGAGGAUCCUGAAGAUUUGCCUGAUGCUAUUACUGAUCUUAUUGGGAAGACUUUCAAAUUUGGUGUCUAUGUGAACAAAGAUAAUGUUGACUAUGGAGCUGAUAUUUUUAAUAUCGGGAAGAUUUGGGCUGUUAAUGAAAUCAUAAGUGAAGAUGACGACACAGUGACAAAUGUUGUUUAUUCUGAUCGUUCAUCUGGACAGAUCUCCCUGAUCAGCAUAGACGAGGAAGACAACACAUGUUUGUCCUCAACUCCAGUUUCAAAACGUAGAGGAGACAAUGAUAUUGAUGACCUUUCUUCUACUUCAAAGAAACAAUGCUCAAAGGUCAUCAAGGUGGAAAAGAAUAUCGGGAAUUAG